AUGGCGAGCAUGUUAGGGAUUUUGGGUGGGAUUCUGAUUUGGAUUGCAAGUGCAUAUGCAGAUCCAACUCAAGACGACAAACCCCACACUCCUCAGAGCAAGACUGGCCCUAGGACAGAAAUCCGCAUACAGGGAUAUGACUAUACAGAGGGAGUGUGGCAGGUCGAGGGGGAUAUAUAUGUACAACAAGGAACGUCGGGAGUGUGCGUCAUGCAAGUUUUCGGCGGUGUUCAACAUUCCACGUCGAUGAUGCUGCUGGUUUCCAAUGGAAAUCUUAGGCAUUACAAUGACCAAGUGGUGGCGUCUGAUAUUUAUGAUCGCUGGAUUCAUCUCAACGUUAUCCACAAUGCAGAUGAAGGGAAAGUGUAUGUGUUUGUGGGUGGGAAGGAAAAGGUAGUAGCUGAUGACAGAGGUCGCGCCAAGCAUUAUUUUAAGUGUGGAGUGUACACUAAUGUAAACGCUUCAUCAUGCAUGGAGUCUCGUUGGAAAAAUAUCAGACUCUGGACCAAAUGA